UUAGGCGGAACAUACUCACAUCUUUUGCAUUUUCAUAUCUUUUGCAUUUUCGGACCAGCCGUGUUGAAUGUCUGACUCGUUGGAAUGUCCCAUUUUCAAGUACUAUCCAACUCUGUGGCAGGACUCUGGUGGGAUAAUGGUGCCUUUCAGAUGUUCAGAUGGCUACUAUGGAUGCCAAGUGUGUACCAAAGUGGGCAGCUAUGGUUCUAUGGUAGGACAUGUGCAAACGCACGAACGGGCAGCAAUUAAAUUCAAUGGCUACAAGUUCUACAGGUGCCAGAACACAUCAAACCCCCACUACCACUGUGUAUGCAAAAACACAAUCAUGACAAAAAAAGCUUUUCUCAAGCAUCUGAGCGUUUGCCCCAAAACAGCACCACCAGCAAGCCCUGUCCUCAGCAGUGGAGCCCCUCAAACAGCACCACCAGCAAGCCCUGUCCUCAGCACUGGAGCCCCUCAAACAGCACCACCAGCAAGCCCUGUCCGCAGCACUGGAGGCCCCAAAACAGCACCACCAGCAAGCCCUGUCCGCAGCACUGGAGGCCCCAAAACGGCAACACCAGCAAGCCCUGUCCGCAGCACUGGAGGCCCCAAAACAGCACCACCAGCAAGCCCUGUCCGCAGCACUGGAGCCCCUCAAACAGCACCACCAGCAAGCCCUGUCCGCAGCACUGGAGGCCCCAAAACGGCAACACCAGCAAGCCCUGUCCGCAGCACUGGAGGCCCCAAAACAGCACCACCAGCAAGCCCUGUCCGCAGCACUGGAGCCCCUCAAACAGCACCACCAGCAAGCCCUGUCCUCAGCACUGGAGCCCCUCAAACAGCACCACCAGCAAGCCCUGUCCGCAGCACUGGAGGCCCCAAAACAGCAACACCAGGAAGCCUUGUCCUCAGCACUGGAGGCCCCAAAACAGCAACACCAGCAAGCCCUGUCCUCAGCACUGGAGGCCCCAGAACAGCAACACCAGCAAGCCCUGUCCUCAGCACUGGAGGCCCCAAAACGGCAACACCAGCAAGCCCUGUCCGCAGCACUGGAGGCCCCAAAACAGCAACACCAGGAAGCCUUGUCCUCAGCACUGGAGCCUCUCAAACAGCACCACCAGCAAGCCCUGUCCUCAGUACUGGAGGCCCCAAAACAGCACCACCACAUUCCACCAUGUCAUGCACGAGUAG